AUGUCUGACAAACCCGUUGUCAAUGUUCUAGACAACGACAUUCAUUGCGGUGCCAACUUCCAGGCCGCCUCAGUCGCGUCAGCCACAGAGAAGAUCCGUCCGGCAUUGCACAAUGAUAUCCCGCCCAAUCUGGCGGCUGAUGACCCUGGCCUCUCCUUCAGCCUCAAGGGCAUCAACGUCAACACUGCUGCCUACACGUCUGAACUCGGCUUCCUCGCAAAUCCAGUCAUCAACCACGUUCAAUCCGCAGAGAUGCACAACCAAGCCGUCAAUUCUCCAGGUCUCCUCUCUGCGCGCCAGACCAUGGCUGCAGUCGAGGUCUUAUCCUUGAUUGUCGCCAAUUGCCUGUAUACAGGCUGUCAAGGCUUGGAUUUGCGGACGGUCCACCGGACUUUCAUCGCCAGCUUGAGAGAUCCCGCCAGCCAACUCAUCGCGAGUUUCUUGCCAAGCGAGGGCUGGCUUGCGGCCGUUGAACACGAAUUCUUCGACUCGUUCUGGAAACUUUCGCGGAAGCGUGGGCACCAAGGCAAUCUAUCUUUUCGUGCGCGAGAAAUUGGGAGUUCCCUGCAUAGAGGUUUGAUUGAGCACCCUAUUGCUGGAGACAAGGGGGACAACAAGAUCGAUGGCCGCCCCAAGAAGACCAUUGGAGCUUGA